GACUUUGAGAGCCGUGAUGAUCCGUACGAGGCUAUCCGAUGGUGGAUAUCUGAGGUCAUAACUCGGAACCAACCUGCGUUUGACCAUGUGCGCAUCAAGCGGGAGAAACAAGACGAGCCUGCUGCAACACGUACAUUCAUCUUACAGCUAUUUUCGGACAUCGUCAACAUUGUCCCCGGCUGUGUGUUCGUCAUAGAUGGGCUUGACGAAUGCACAUGGCUGAAUAAGGGGAAUAAUCCUGGACGGAGAGAUUCAAUUGCUAGUUUUCUAGAAAAUCUUGACCGGGCAAUUGCAAAUUCAGCUACCCGGGUUCUGAUCGUGAGCAGAGACGAAUCUGAGAUACGCUCUGGGGUUGAGGAUAUGAAAAGCACCAUCUUCGAGUACAACAUACUUCCAGAGGAUGUUGAUCGCGAUACUAGACAAUUUGCCAGGAGCAUUGUCAACAAGAAGCUGUCGAAAAAGAGCGAGGCGCUUAAACUUGAUAUCUCUGAGAAAAUGGCAAUAAAGUGUGGUGGCCAGUUCCUCUGGCUAAAGCUCCAAGAGGACUCCCUGCGCAGCUGGAAGAACCAGAAACAGUUACAAGAUGCUAUUGACAAAACCCCCUCUGGUCUUGACAAUUUAUAUUACAGAAACUGGGUAAGAUUGUCCAGACUCCCGAAGGAUGAGAGAAACCGCGCGUUUUCGCUGCUUCGUUGGGUCACUUUUGCCAUACGACCAUUGACUGUUGCUGAGAUUGCUGAGGCAGUGUUGAUCAGUUUUGAGAACGAAGAACUACCUAUAGACGAGCUUCCCGAUUUCAUUGAUGACGAUUACGUCAAUAGCGAGAUAUUAGGAAUUGGUGGUUCAUUACUCAGCAUCCGAAAAAGCUCAGUUGCGCUGGAUCCCGGAGUUGACACUAUACGGCUUACCCACUUCUCAGUGAAGCAGUAUUUCCUUUCUCAUGAUCCUAACACAGGGGAUACUCUACAAGCAAAUGAGAAGCUGAGAUCCUCUAAUGAAAGGACGGAAAACAUUACCUUGGCUCAACUUUGUCUUCGGUACAUUCAUUAUGAGGAAAUUUGGCAAUUUGAACAUGAUGAAGACUCGGGCCAAGUUCAAGGGUCGUUUAGAGAUUACGCAGCAGGCUAUUGGCACCGCCAUGCUCACAAUGGUAGCCCAGAGGAUGAGCUGGUGAGCGAUCUCAUCACUUCUCUAUUCGAUACAAAUGGUACAGUCUGGGAGGCAUGGAAAGAAUGGUUCGAUUGCAGAGAAAAAAUGAAAGUGGAAGCCUACCUGGAGACGUCAAUGCCAAACAACCCUAUCUACUAUACCUCGAAACUCGAUUUAACCUUGAUCACUCUGAGAUUGAUCGAUGAAUAUCGACAUCAAUUGGAUGACAGAUCUUACUUUGGGGAGACAGCCAUUGCAGCCGCCUGCGAAAAUGGCAACGAGGUGAUUUCACAGGCUCUAAUCGAUGCGGGAGCGAAUAUUAAACUAGCGAGUUAUGAUGGAGAAACCCCUUUGCACAUCGCAGCUAAUGAAGGCCACUUAAAUCUAGUUAUGUUGCUGCUGGAGAAUGGAGCAGAUUAUAAUGCCAUCAACAAGAGCUCAGCAACGGCUUUGCAUUAUGCCGCCUAUGUAGGCCGUGCUGAUAUUGCAAAGAUUCUUCUUCAAUACGGCGCCGAUUAUCUGGUCCAGAAUUUCCAUGGCUUGAUUCCUUUACAUCAUGCUGCUGGGCCUUACUUUGGCUCUGUGGACAUAGUUCGCGCUCUACUUCUACACGGAGCCGAUAUCAACUUCACUAGCAAGGAUGGGUAUGAUGCACUUCUCUCUGCGACUGAAGGUGGGCGUACCGAAGUCAUUAAAGUACUCCUAGAGCAUGGGGCCAAUGUCUCAACUUCACAGCUUAAGAAGACAGGAACUCCUCUAGGCAUGGCCAUCAGAGAAGGCCAUUACGAAGUAGUGGAGCUGCUUCUCAAUAAUGGUGCGAGUUACAAUGCAGUGUUGGAGACUGAAUGGCUACCUCUUACUCUGGCUUCUUUUGAAGGCCAAGUCAACAUUGCAAAGCUCCUCCUUAGUCUUGGAGCUGGUAUAGACGAAUCGACGGCAGUUGGGCCGACGCCCCUGCUGGCAGCUAUAUCAAAUGAAAAAACAGAUGCCGACGGUUGGACACCACUGCAUGCGGCUGCAGACGGGGGGCAUCUCAAUGCGCUUGACGUCUUCUUGAACCAAGGGGUCUCGCUGACUGCCCUUGAUUGCAGUGGCAGAACGGCCUUACACAUAGCUUGUCAAAAAGGCCAUCAAAAGAUUGUUGAGACGUUACUUGAGCUAUACACAUCAGACGAAGUUAACCGUCCCGAUGGCCAUCAACGCACACCCUUGUUCUAUGCGGCUAUGCGCGGUCACAACUUUGUAUUAAACCUUCUUCUUUCAAAGACGACAGAAAUCCACAUCAAAGAUUUUUGUAGUUCCACGGCACUUUUUGCUGCUGUGAGGAACGGUCAUGAGGAGGUAGUCGACCAAUUAUUGACUAUUGGAGGGAUGUCUCUGGAGUCAACGGACGCCUUUGGAAAGACAGUUCUCUAUUGGGCACAAAAGACCGGUAAUGUCCAUGUUAUUGGACUUCUCAAUCAAUUUGGCGCUCUUCAAACCACGGACAAAUCUGGCUCGGUCCUGGAACACAACCACAUGCCCUUCAACAGCCGGGUGUAUUGGUGUGAUAUAUGUACUAGAUGCAUACCAAUUGGAUCAGAGUAUUUUCAAUGUUCCGACUGUAAAGACUUUCUCGCUUGCUUGGAGUGCGUUAACACGGGAUUCAAAUGUCUUAAGGGUAAAGAAAUGCAUCAAUGGACAACUGCACCGGAGCAAUUGGAAUUUUCAAGCGAUGAGGAGAGCAUCUCAGAUGAAUAA